UCUGCUGGAGUGAGGGUUAAGGAGCAGGGAGGCUGGACUGGAUUAUUUUUGGAGAUAGCAGAUUGGACUGCAUGCUGUUUGGUACUGGGAAUAGGGACUCUGUUAAAACUUGUAGGCUUUAUAGGAAAUAACUGGAGUGAGGAUCAAACCUUAUUUCUUGCUGCGCUGGGAGCACUGGGAGCACUGGGACCAUUGAGACCGCAGAUAGACGCUUUCUCUGUAAUGCAACUCAAGAUGAUGACACAAAUGUGGAGGUGGGGGCGCCAUCAUAACUUCUGCGUCAAAGCUAUUGUGAAGAAACGUAUUUGAUGCCUGAGGAUCUCAGUCCAGAGGAGAGACAUCAGCUGGAAAGCAUCCGCCGCAGAAAACAAGAGCUGCUGCAGGACAUACAAAGGCUGAAGGAUGAGAUCGCAGAGGUGACCACUGAGAUUGAAAGCCUGGGCCUGACUGAAGAGAGGAAAAGCAUGCAGAGGAACAAACAGAUGGCCAUGGGCCGAAAGAAGUUCAACAUGGACCCCAAGAAGGGGAUUCGCUUCCUGAUCGACAACUUCCUGCUGAAAAAUACCAGCACCGACAUCGGCCAGUUCCUCUACAAGGGGGAGGGGCUUAACAAAACCGCCAUCGGGGACUACUUGGGGGAGAGGGAUGACUUUAACAUCCAGGUUCUGCAUGCCUUCCUGGAGCUGCACGAGUUCUCAGACUUGAACCUGGUCCAGGCUCUCAGACAGUUCCUGUGGAGCUUCCGGCUGCCCGGUGAGGCUCAGAAGAUCGAUCGCAUGAUGGAAGCGUUCGCCCGGAGAUACUGUCGCUGUAACUGUGGCGUGUUCCAGAGCACGGAUACCUGCUAUGUGUUGUCGUUCGCUGUGAUCAUGUUGAACACCUCGCUACACAACCCCAACGUGAAGGACAAACCCUCCGUUCAGAGGUUCACAGCAAUGAACCGAGGCAUCAACGACGGGGGAGACCUUCCAGAGGAGCUACUCCGAAACCUGUACGACAGCAUCAAGAAUGAACCCUUUAAGAUCCCCGAGGAUGAUGGGAACGACCUCACACACACCUUCUUCAACCCCGACAGAGAAGGAUGGCUCCUGAAACUCGGAGGUGGACGAGUCAAGACUUGGAAGAGACGCUGGUUUAUUCUCACAGAUAACUGCCUCUACUACUUUGAGUACACGACUGACAAAGAACCCAGAGGAAUUAUUCCACUGGAAAAUCUGAAUAUCAGAGAAGUUGAUGACUCUAAGAAACCGAACUGCUUUGAGCUCUUCAUCUCCGACCACAAGGACCAGGUGAUCAAAGCCUGCAAGACUGAGGCGGACGGACGCGUCGUCGAGGGAAACCACACAUUUUACAGAAUCUCUGCCCCGACGGCAGAGGAGAAGGAUGAGUGGAUGAACAGCAUCAAGGCCGCCAUCAGCAAAGACCCCUUCUACGAGAUGCUGGCUACUCGGAAGAAGAAGGUGUCUCUGAAGGAUCUGUAGAUCAGAGACAACGUGAUCUUCUGCCCCCUCCCCCCCCACCCCCCUUUACCCCCUGCUGUGAGGGCUCCGUUCAUUUAGUUUGUGGCUGAAAAAAAGACUGCUGCUGAUGUUCAACAUCCUUUUGAAGGACACAUUAGAUCCCAGAAAACUCUGAAGACAUCAACUGGAAAACAAAACGCAUCUCUGCUGGACCUCAUUGUUUAAAAAACGCUCUUUUCAA